CCCAUUUUAGAAUUGGGUGCCUCAGGACUGUCCAUAAUUUUAAAGGGUGCCUCGGAACUGUCCAUAAUUUUAAAGGGUGCCUCGGAACUGUCCAUAAAUUUUAAAGGGUGCCUCGGGACUGUCCAUAAAUUUAAAGGCCUUGGGACUGUUCAUAAAUUUAAAGGGUGCCUCGGGACUGUCCAUAAAUUUAAAGGGUGCCUCGGGACUGUCCAUAAUUCUAAAGGGUGCCUCGAGACUGACCAUAAUUUUAAAAGGUGCCUCGGGACCGUCCAUAAUUUUAAAGGGUGCCUCGGGACUGUCCAUAAAUUGAAAGGGUGCCUCGGGACUGUCCAUAUUUUUAAAGGGUGCCUCAAGACUGUCCAUAAUUUGAAAGGGUGCCUCAAGACUGUUCAUAAUUUUAAAGGGUGCCUCGGGACUGUCCAUAAUUUUAAAAGGUGCCUCAAGACUGUUCAUAAUUUUAAAGGGUGCCUCAAGACUGUCCAUAAUUUUAAAGGGUGCCUCAAGACUGUUCAUAAUUUUAAAGGGUGCCUCAAGACUGUCCAUAAU